AUGACUCCCAACCUGCUCCUGGGACUGGUGCUCCUGCUCCCCGCUCACCUCUCCGCUCUGGGCUGCAACUCUCUCAAACUUGAGCAGCAAAGACUGAAUUCAGAGAGCCUGAAGAUGCUGAAAGUGGCCGGCAGAAAGUUUCCCGAAGAGUGUCUGGAGAAUAUGACCAGCUUCAAUCUGCCUGCAAAGACCCUGAAAGGACAUCGUCCGGAAUUUGCCACGAAAGCAAUCGGUGAAAUGCUUCAGGGAUACUUCAGCAUCUUAAGCGGCGAUCUCGUGAAAAGCGAGUGGAAACCCACAAUUGCAAAUAGUUGCCCUCACAGGUUCCUCAGCAUGUUGCACGCGCAAAUCGAGCGCAUCCAGAGGUGCCUUGCAAAAAAGGAGGCGACGCUGGGAAGGAGCACAACGGAAUGGAAAACCACGCUGAAGCUGAAGAAAUACUUCCAGAGGAUCCGGGUUUUCCUCAAAGAGAACGGACAGAGCUCUUGCGCCUGGGACAUUUUGAGGCUGGAGCUGCAGAUGGGCUUCACCCACAUUGACAUUCUGACACAGCGGAUGGACAUUUGAGAACACCCUAAUUUCAAUUUAUAUGCGUUGGGGUGU